AAAAAAAAAAGAAAAAAACACCCCGGAGUUGGAAGAAGUAUUAGGGCUGGCUGCUUCUUCGCCUCAAACUCCGGCGGGUCCUCCCUUCUCAACUUCUGAUCUUAACGAGUUUGAUCAAAGAACUGGGUUGUAAUGAUGCCAGAAAUCUUCAAUUCAGCGAUUAGUUUAUUCGAAAAAGAAUACGGACAACAUUGAGCAAUUGUUUAGUAAGUUACUGCAACAAGCUGAAUAUGAGGAGAUUGAAGAUAGAUUUCUAGUUGACCAUUGUAUUUUUCUUAGAGAAUAGAAGAUGACCAAUUUGGAAAAUAUUACUACAAUUAGAAGUGUUUUCACUUGGAUAGAUGCUUCUUACUAAAUUACGGCAAAGUUUGGUGCAUUGGUGAUCGUAAUAGUGAUAAUGAACGUGGAAGUAGAACAAGAUGCUAUUGCGUGCUAAAGUUAUGGACAUACUAAGAGCUCAUUAACCGUCCUUAAACCUUUCACUUUAAUGUUGUCUACUCUAUUUCUUAGAUCCCAUGGAGUUGGACUUCAGCAGAAACUAUCAGCUAUUUCAUCCCUUAAUUCUUUCUUGUACACCUCCCUACAUUCUCUGUUCUCUCCCAAAACAUUUAGUUCAAACUCUUAUCAUGAUUAUUUGUCUGCUGGCCCCUCUUCCUCCUCCUCCUCCUCCUCUUCUUCUUCGUCGCUAUCAUCAUCCCAGUCUCUUAUUAGAACAGUUUGUUCAUUGGUCUUUGAAUCUUAUUACCAACAUGGCCAUGGAAGACAAUCUCCUCCCAAGCUAAUCCUUAAUGUUGAUACUGAUUCUUUAACCCAUGAACAGGCUAUAACUGUUGUUGCUUCACUAGCAGAUGAGGGAGGUUCCAUGGUUGCAUUGAGUUUCUUUUAUUGGGCUAUUGAGUUCUCAAAGUUCCGCCAUUUCAUGCGACUGUACAUUGUUUGUGCUAUGUCGUUGAUUGGUAAUGGGAAUUUGGAGAGAGCCCAUGAAGUUAUGCAGUGUAUGUUGGGGAGUUUUGCUGAAAUUGGAAGGUUGAAGGAAGCAGGUGAUAUGAUUCUUGAUUUGCAAAACCAGGGUCUUAUGCUGACCACACACAUUUUGAAUAGUGUCGUUAGGAUUGCAUGGGAAAUGAAUUCAAUUGAGUACGCAGAGGAGAUGUUUGAGGAAAUGUGUCAAAGAGAGGUCUCUCCUGAUCCUUCCAGUUAUAAAUCGAUGGUCGUUGGUUAUUGUAGGAUUGGUAGAGUUUUGGAGGCAGACAAGUGGCUGAGUGAAAUGCUUGAUAAAGGCUUUGCUGUGGAUAAUGCAACAUUAACUCUAAUUAUUAGUACAUUUUGCAAAAAGGGUUUUGCAAAUCACGCACUUUGGUUUUUCAAUAAGAUGAUUGGGAUGGGUUUGAGUCCUAAUUUAAUAAACUACACAUCUUUAAUCAAUGGGUUGUGCAGGAGGGGCAGUGUAAAGAAAGGAUUUGAAAUGCUGGAGGAAAUGGUUAGUAAGGGUUGGAGACCUAAUGUUUAUACGCAUACAGCAUUGAUUGAUGGUCUCUGUAAGAAGGGAUGGACUGAAAAGGCUUUUAGACUAUUUCUUAAGCUUGUCCGGAGUGACAACUACAAGCCUAACGUACAUACUUAUACUAGUAUGAUCAGCGGAUAUUGCAGGGAGGAGAAGAUGAAUCGUGCAGAGAUGUUGUUCAGCAAAAUGAAAGAACAGGGAUUGGUUCCAAACACCAAUACUUAUACUACUCUCAUCGAUGGCCAUUGUAAAGCUGGAAAUUUCAAAACAGCAUAUCAGUUGAUGGAUUCCAUGAGAGUUGAUGGUUUUGCUCCUAAUAUUUAUACAUACAAUGUGGUAAUGGAUGGCCUAUUGAAGAAGGGUAGGAUCCCUGAUGCUCAUAAACUGAUGAAGAAGGCAUCUUGGGACGGAGUACGUUCUGAUAUAGUCACUUAUACCAUUCUAAUAUCUGAGCACUGCAAGAAAGGUGAGACUACGGAUACGGGAGCCCUAAUGCUUUUCAAUAAGAUGGUUAAAGUUGGAAUCCAACCUGAUAUACACUUGUAUACAAGUUUGAUAGCCUUUUUCUGCAGGCAGAAAAGAAUGGCAGAAAGUGAGAGAUUCUUCGAGGAUGCCAUAAGGUAUGGCUUGGAACCAACAAAAGAAACUUAUACAUCUAUGAUCUGCGGUUACUGUCGGGAUGAAAAUGUUGCCAUGGCGUCAAAAUUUUUCCGCAGAAUGACUGGCCAUGGUUGUAUACCCGAUAGUAUUGCUUAUGGUGCUCUAAUUAGUGGGCUUUGCAAAGACGAGAGGUUGGAUGACGCUCGCAGGUUGUACGACACCAUGGUAGACAAAGGACUGUCACCUUGUGAAGUUACAAGGGUUACAUUAGCUUAUGAGUAUUGCAAGAAAGAAAACUUUUCUGCCGCUAUGGCUAUCUUAGAAAGGCUUGACAAAAGGCUUUGGAUCCGCACUGUCAAUACCUUGAUCAGGAAACUCUGCAACAACAAGAAAGUUGGCAUGGCGGCAUUGUUCUUUCACGAGUUGGUGGGCAAGGAUCGUAACGUCGACCGUGUAACAUUGGCCGCAUUCACGACAGCUUGUUAUGAGAGCAACAAGUAUGCUCUUGUUUCUGAAUUGACCGAGAGGAUUGGUAAAUAUGGUUUGGCUGCCCGAUGUAAUGAAACUGGUUCAUUGUAAGGUAAGAAUUGUGCUGCACUUGUUUUUCUAGCUUUAUUUUCAGCUCAAAAAUGGUAACGUUUUCAUUUAUCCACGAAAAAAAAAGAGUUGGUAACAUUUUUAAGCAAAAACUCAAGAGUGCGCUGCAAAUCUAGAUGCUUGCGUGGUAAUUUCCCUUGUACUGUCCAGCUCAAAUGGGUAAUAUUGGGAAGAAAUUUUUUUUUUUCCUUCUUGUCAUUAAAUAAGCAUCUU